AUGAACACAGAUUUUGAACGUGAUGUGUGUCGUCGCGCUUGUCGCGCCACAUCCUCGACUGAAAGGCGUCCGAGACGGCCGGCGGAGUGCAGCCGCCCCCGUGCAAGGAACGCGGUGCUGUUCUUGUGGACCGAGCGUCCUAUCAAUGGACGCCAGCCACCCGGUCGAGGUCGGCGUUCAUUCACGACGACCGCGUUAAUGGCACUCGAACCGGGCGCCCUCGCUUAG